AUGCAUAAAAUAUAUUCAUACCCAUUUAUAAUGAAUAGAAACUUUGCUAUUGUUCUCUAUACUAUAUAAAAAUAGAAAAAGGUAGCCAGUACCAAUUUUUACUCAUCACAACUUCCCAAUUAGCUGAAACCAUAAAAUCCCAUGAAAUUCAGCUCAUUCAUUGUGCUAAAUUUAUUGAUACUACACCAAUACACAUACCAAAUUCUUAUCUUUUACGCUACUCAUCAGAUACAGAAGAUUUUGUUUCAACAUUUAAAAAGCUUGCUUUUGCUGAAGAAAUUCCAAUAAUAAUCUAUAAUUUCUAAUCUAAAUAACAUUAUGAUUCAAUAUUUGAAAAUAAUUUUUGUAAAAGAUUUUUUAUUUCAGCAUGCUAAAUUAUUUUUUAUAUUCCAUAGCAUAAAAAGGAAAUAUAUAAAGGGCUAUAUGACGAUGGCAAUUUAGAGUCCGUUUCAAAGAUUUGGUACUGUCUCCGGUCAAUUGGCAAACUUCCAUUGAUAUUGGAUGGAGGGAUAAAAAAAUGAGUCAAAGAGUAUGGCCCUGUCGUCAACUCUGUAGCAAAUUUGCCAUUGCUAACUAAUGAUUCAGAACAUGAAAUUAAUGAAGAUUACUACAAACUCCCUGAAGAAGUUGCAGAUAAACAAGAUGAAAUUCAAUUUAUCGAAACCAGCAGCGAUUACUUAAAAAUUCUAGAUUCAGAAAACACUAUCAAGCCUAUAAAUGAGCUUGAAGAGUUUUUCUCUGCCAAAGGAGUCAAAUUGUCUAAUGAAAAACUUUUGCUUCUAAAAGGAGAUUUUGCGUAUUUAUGUGCAAUUGCUCUAACUGUGAUAGGAUUGAAAAACUUAGCCAUUGAAGUUUCUCCAGCUGCAUCAAGACGGAGCUCAGCAAGCACGCGGUUUUAUUCUAUUGAUGACACCACAAAAAUUUUUGAAAUAAAUAAAGCCAGCGCUACUGUUGAGGAAGAUCUUUAUUCAGAUUCCCAUUGUUGCCGCUGUAUAACAUUUUAA